UGCCUCCUUCCCUCAGCGGGGCCCCGCCUCCCUCCUCCUUUGCCUGGAGCGGCUUCUCCUCCCGUCUCGCUCAGCGGGGCGGCUGCGGGACCGGGCGCGGCGGCUGCGGGAUCGCUCUGCACCGAGCCGGGCUCUUCUGCCCCGACCAUCGUGGACCCCGUGGAUCUGGAGAUCCUGUGGCAGCAGGAGCAGGAGUGAGUGCAGGGCAACAGUUACCUGUGUUGCUGGCUGAGAUGUGGGAAUGUUGCCUCCAUCAGAAAGGCAGGAACCAAUAACAUGAUGUUGCUGGUGAAAGCUGCCAUAUGCUUCUUCCCUCCGUUUGCACGUGCUUUGGAAUAGUGGGUGUUUCAAUCCUUGUAGGAGUUAAACCAACCUCCUGCAAACAUGGCAGACGAGGACCUUAUUUUUCGUAUGGAAGGGAUUGAUAAUGCCAGGACGACCACAGCGAACUCUGGGGAUUAUCUUGAUGCUGAUAGUGAUGAUGAAGACAAUUAUUUUAUCUGUCCAAUAACUGAUGAUCCAAUUUCUGACAAGUCUGCCAAUACCAAAGUAGACAAUUAUUACAGCAGCUUAGCAAAAAGUGAGCAGUACAGUUCAAGCUCUUCUCCUAGAAGCUUUAGCUUUAAGAAUGACACACAGCAUCGUUCUAAGCAUGGCUCUGUGGUUGACCAUGGUCGGGAAACCUGGAAACAUGCUAUUGAGAAAGCCAAGCACAUGCCUGAUCCAUGGGCAGAAUUUCACCUGGAGGAUGUUGAGACGGAACAUGCCACUCGUUACAGGUACAAUGCAGUUACUGGGGACUGGGUUGAAGAUGAAGUCCUUAUCAAGAUGGCUGCACAACCUUUCGGCCGUGGAGCGAUGCGGGAGUGUUUCAGAACGAAAAAGCUGUCCAACUUCUUACACACACAGAACUGGAAAGGUGCCUAUAACUAUGUUGCCAAGCAAUACAUAGAGAGUGUGAGCAGGGAUGUGUAUUUUGAGGAUGUCCGACUGCAGAUGGAAGCAAAGCUCUGGGGAGAAGAGUACAACCGGCACAAGCCACCGAAACAGGUGGAUAUAGUACAGACCUGUAUUAUUGAAAUGAAGAAUAGACCUGGAAAACCUCUCUUUCAUCUGGAACAUUACAUUGAGGGCAAAUACAUCAAAUACAACUCCAAUUCUGGAUUUGUGCGGGACGACAACAUCCGUCUCACUCCGCAAGCCUUCAGUCACUUCACCUUUGAGCGCUCAGGACACCAACUCAUUGUUGUUGAUAUCCAGGGAGUUGGAGAUCUUUACACGGACCCUCAGAUCCAUACAGAGAAUGGUACAGACUUUGGAGAUGGCAACCUAGGUGUUCGAGGUAUGGCCUUGUUCUUUCAUUCUCAUUUCUGCAACAAGAUCUGCAAGAGCAUGGGACUUGCACCAUUUGAUCUUUCAUCCAAAGAGAAAAAUGCCUUGGAUUAUAAUAAAAAAUUGCUUGAAUCUGCUCAGACCAUCCUCCGUGGCACCGAGGAGAAGUGCGGCAGCAGCCGGGUGAGGACGGUGUCCGGCAGUCGGCCCCCUCUGCUCUUCCGCCUGUCGGAGAACUCGGGGGAUGAAAGCAUGAGCGACGUGGCCUUUGACUCCCUGCCCUGCUCCCCUUCCUCAGCAACCCCUCACAGCCACAAGGUGGACAUGCUUAAUUGGCCUGUGUUCAAUGAAGUAGAUAACUUGGUUCACAAAGACUAUGAUCAGCUUGAUAACCAAAGGGAUUUUGAAAAUGGUGGAGACAGUGGAUACCCCAGUGAAAAGAGAAGUGAGAUGGAAGAUCUGGAUCAUAGAGAAAGGGGCCAUUCAAACAACAUCCGGAGACAGGAGUCUGAUGAAGACAGUUUGGGAAGCUCUGCAAGGAUCAGUGUGGAGAAAUGGAAUUUGUACAACUCUUCCAGAGUUCAUGUCCACAGACCAUCCUGUGUUGCCCAAGAAAUUCAGAGGCUCAAUGCACUAGAACUUGAAAAGAAAAUUGGGAAGUCAGUCCUUGGAAAGGUUCACUUGGCCAUGGUUCGCUACCACGAAGCCGGGCGUUUCUGCGGGAAGGACAAGGAGUGGGAUCAGGAGUCGGCCCUGUUUCACCUGGAACAUGCUGCAGACUGUGGGGAGCUGGAAGCCAUCGUUGGGUUAGGACUCAUGUGCUUUCAGCUGCCACAUCACAUUCUUUCUGAGGUCACUGUGGAGGACACAAAGGAGAACAGAAAUAAAGGAUUUAAUUACUUGCUGAGAGCAGCAGAAGCUGGAGACCGGCCUUCCAUGAUUCUGAUAGCAAGAGCAUAUGAUACAGGUGUAAAUCUUGCUGCAGACAGAGCCCAGGACUGGAAGGAGGCCCUGCACUGGUACAACGCUGCGCUGAACAUGACUGACUACGAUGAGGGAGGGGAGUAUGAUGGCACUCAGGAUGAGCCCCGCUAUCUGCUCCUGGCCAGGGAAGCAGAGAUGUUAAUGACGGGAGGGUUUCACCUGGAUAAGGAUCCACAGAGAUCAGGUGAGCUUUACACAGAAGCAGCAGAAGCAGCAAUGGAAGCCAUGAAAGGCAGACUGGCAAAUCAGUACUACCAAAAAGCAGAAGAGGCCUGGGCGAUGAUGGAAGAAUGACGCUGAAAUUAAGCAGUUCUUGUAUAUAAAUUUUUUAUAGACUUGCUGCAUUUGCAGCUAAAAAGCUAUAUUUUUAUGUGAUGUUACCAGUUCCUUUUUUUGUAUUUCAGUUUUCUAAGGUUUUUUGAGGGGAGAAAUUCAAAUGUAACUAUGUAGGGUGCCAUAGCAUACUUCUGUUAGUGUUUUAAAGCUGUAAUACAGACACACUUGACCUUUUGUACUUUUUUAACUGUUAGAGGGCUUAGUUUUUUUGAUCAGAAAAAUGAAGCCUUAUUGUUUAGGUUUCACAUGUCCUGUUUUUUUUCCAGCAAAUGAUCAGUGUGUUUACAUUUUUCUUCUCCUCCCCAUGCACAGAAAAACAUUUUCCUAAAUUCUCAGCCUUUCUUCAUCAUUUUUGGUGUAACUCACCAAAUUUGCACGAGUGUAAAUUUUCAGUUUAUGGAUGCAACUACUGAUAUUAAUAAGUAGUCCCAUUCUAUUAUGCUGGCAUUGUUGGACACUUCUGUUAUUCUCAGAUGAAUUCCAGAUAGAAUCCUUACAGUUUGGGGAGGGGUGGGAAAGAUGCUUCAGAUUGGCAAUGAGGAUGUUCAGGAUGGAAUGUUUUAUUCAUCACCAACAUUGCAUAUCACACCAUUAGAAAAUCAUUCCUGAUGAGGCGAGGCAUCCAGCUACCUCUCUCAUUUUCACAUUUUGCACCAUAUAAUAGCUUAGUUGUAUAAAAUUCUAUUGAUCUUACAUUUGUCCAAUGAUGUACAGUAGCAAGAUCUGUAAUAUAUGGGUAAUUUGAAGUUAUUUUUACAGUGGCAUCUCAAUUCUCAGUGAAGCUAGAUCAUCUCACUUAAAAGGAGAAUAUGCUUUCCACCAUUUCCAGAGGGAUGUUUGAAAAGGUUAGAAGAUGUUAAUUUGCCUUUUAUAUGUACAGAAAACAAUUUAUAUGGUUUAAAUAUAUUUUAAAAUGGUAUUUUAUCUGAAAAUGGUUUCAAAUGUCAGUUAGAGGAAAAUUGCUGGUCAAAAGGGGAGAACAGUAUCAUCCCCAAACACUUGUAUCUUUGUCUGUUUGGUCCUGACCAGUAAUAGGAGGACAACUACGUGGUGGUGGUUGAAUUAUCAUUGCAUAGAGAGACAUUUCUUCCAAAUCUGGUAUUUUAUUCCGUCUCUGUGGAUAGUACAGAAGCUGUUCCUAUUCCUUGGCUGUGGUUAACAGUAAUUUUGCAGGAGAUUUAAGGUGGAAGCUUCUGCUUUCUUGGCCUUACAGUCUCCUGAGGGUGUAAAUUGAUGUCCAUAAGGGGCAGCCCCUGUCUGAAAGAUCUCCUGCUGGUUAAGGGUGUGAGAUAACAAGAUUUGGACCUUUUCAAGGAGAGAAGGGAGCUAUCUUUGGAUGUUAUGCUUCUGGGUGGGUGCUGUAACCACCAGGCAGUUGUAGCCAUGAGUAGUCUUGCAACACAUGGCAACAUCUUGCUGUACAUUGCAGGGCUUGUGGGACAGUAGUGCCCACGGCCUUUUUAGUUUGUUUUUGUUUUGAGAGUGAAGGCAAAGCUCUUCACCCACUGAUGGAGAAGUAUCUAAUUUCUAGAUCUCAGUUGGUCUUUGGUGGUAUGAACCAAGGUACUAAAGCAACCAGAUCUUUGGACCUAAUAUUUUUUGGACCUAAGAUGGUGAAAAAGAACCAGAGUUUGUAGGAUUGCAAAUCAGAUGAAUGUUUUAAGUGCCUAUCCAAAGUUCUGCUUCAGAUACCUAAAGCCUCUUUAGGACAUGGCCUUUUUGCUAUUUCAGUUCAGAGCAUUAAAAUUCCAGCUGUGACCUCGAAAGACAGCUGAAUAGUCUGUGUUUUGUGCAGAACCAAUACAGUGUAGGCACUAUAAUGAAUUCAGACAAAAGGAUUUGUUUUCUGUAUAAGGUGUUGAUGCCAAGUCUGAGAUUUUCCUUGAGAAGGAAACGUGUGACAACACCACCAACCAUGUAGGGAGGAGAGGAGACUAAAAGUGCCCCUCUAAAAUGUGUAUGUAAAGGAUGUAGAGUGUAAUUAUUGACACAUUUUGGUGUAGUUUAAUUUGCUAAAUUCAGUAGUUGCUAAAGUUGCUGACAGCUCUGUGUAGAUCUGGUAUGUAAAUGUGCACACAACUCAGUGAAAAAAUUACUAUGAUUGAAUCUUUGUUUGCAAAUACUACUUUUUAGUGAUGAAGACUUCCUUCUGUCCUAAGAUGGUGUCAUGAUUUAGCCAUACAAUAAAUGGGAGUGUCAAUAAUAUGAAAAUUUUUUAUGUUUACAGAAAUAACUGUAUUCUGUGACAUUUUUUGAAGGGAAAAACUAUAUAUUUGACCGACUUUUGCAGUGAUAUUGCUACAUGCUGUAUUUUUAAUCUAUUCACAAUGAAUAAAAAUCUGUAUUUGUACAAAAUGUGAAAAUAAAUCUGAGGCUCAGCCUCCCAGAACUUACCCGGGUCUAGUGUUUCCAGAUGUUCAGUGGGAAUAUUGCUUGGGUAAGGACAGUGAGAUAUGGAAGCCUUUGUGUGUCAGACAUGCAAAUACUGCCUGCCUGCGUCACUUAGUCAUCUCAUUCACUUUGUCUGGAUUUAUUCUGGCUGGUCAAUAAAAUUGUUCUUUUUGUCACUUUU